AUGAUGGUAGAAAACGCAGGACAGAGUGGAACUUCACCAUCGGCAUCGACCGGGCCGUAUCCUAACAAGCGCAAUCGACCCGACGAUCGCGGAGUUGCGAGGGACGACACAGGCAAUCAAGCGUCGUCAUCAGCCAGCACCUCAGAGAUCACAGAGGCAUUCAGCAGCUUCAGGGAUGAGAUUGACGAUCACAACGACCGUCGCGAACGCCUUAUCAAGGUAUCGCGCGACGUCACAAGUCUCUCCAAAAAGGUCAUCUUUCUUCUUCACCGAUUCGACAUCAAGCACUUCGCAUCCGAGGAGCCGUCGAAUAAGACUCGCAAGCUCUUUUCAGAUGCAGAGGAAAAGCUUGAAGAGAUCAUCGCUAUACUUCGGAAAGCCGCUGUCGCUGAAGCUCUCGGCUCAACAAACACAGCAGAGCAGCACGAGUCAACAUCAACACCGACGCUGAGAGCGCAAAGAUAUGAGCAAAACAUUGGCGGAGGGCUCGAAGAAUUUAUCGAAGCAAUCUCCUUCUACCACUAUCUUCGAACCACCGAGCUCAUCACAUUACAGCAGAUUCAAGAUCGCUUUCGUGCUCUUCCGGUUUCCGAAUCGCAAUUCUAUCCGCAACCAACGCAAAGCAGUCAAGAUGUUCCACAGCCCAUAGCUGAUUCGCAGUCGAUCGCGCUUCACGUUCCUAUACAUCGAUACUUGUUGGGACUCUCAGAUUUGACCGGUGAACUGAUGCGAUUCGCUACCAAUGCUGUCGGUCAAGGCGACACUGGCGCCGUCGUCAAGCAAGUUCUUAGCCUCACACGUCAACUCCGAGAUGCAUUGGAUCCUUUCAUUCCGCUCGUGCGCGAUCUCAAAAAGAAACAGAUUGUCACUAACCAGAGCUUGCGAAAGAUCGAGGACAUCCUCUAUGCCAUCACAGUGCGCUCUGCAGAGUAUGGCUCAGAUCCAACAGCUUUGCAGGAGAUGGUCCGUCGUACCCUCGCUUCUGCUUCAAGUGCUCCAAAUCAAGGUCAUGACGAUGAUGACUAG